ACCACAGCUAAGAUUUCCCAAUAUAUACGAUCGUAAUGAAGAGAGGGAGCUCAACAAGAAGAGAGGUUUGAGAGAGAGAGAGAGAGAGGGAUGGAGAUGGAGAUGGAGGGGCAGUUGCCACCAGAUAAAGCGGCAACGAGGUCGAAGGAGAGGCCCUUCCGAGGUAUAAGGAUGAGGAAGUGGGGGAAGUGGGUGGCGGAGAUCAGGGAGCCCAACAAGCGGUCCAGGAUAUGGCUGGGCUCCUACUGCACCCCCGUGGCCGCCGCCAAGGCUUACGACACCGCCCUCUUCUACCUUCGGGGCCGCACCGCCCGCCUUAACUUCCCCGAUGACAUCUCCAUCGACGACCGCGGGACGACGACCGACAUGUCGGCGGCUUCGAUAAGGAAGAAGGCCGCCGAGGUGGGCGCCAAGGUCGACGCGCUCCAGAUGAACGCUGCCGCGCUGUUCGGCUCUCAGGAGUACCCGCGUCGCGAAGGAGAGACUCGGUACAAGAACCCUGACCUUAAUCAGGCGCCGACCCCCGACACCUCCGAUGACAACUGGUGUCGCAGUGAGAAGGAGGAGAUGUUCAUAGGCUGUGAAUAGAGAGAGAGAGAGAGAGAGAGAGAGAGAGAGAGAGAGAGAGAGAGAUUUCUUUCUUUUGAUCUCUACUUGUAGGUUUUUAAUUUGUUGGUGAAGGAAGACAGAUUAGAAGAUGCUUUGUAGGAGUUGAACUCUUCAUUAUCCAUGUAAAGAGCUUCAAUGCAUGAUAUAACUAAUAGAAGUAGCUUCCUUUUCGUUUCCACUUCCACUUCCAUGCAGUAAUGGAGAGAGAGAGCAUAAAGAGAGAGAGAGAGAGAGAGAGAGAGAGAGAGGAGUGGAAGGCAUGCUUCCGCGACUUCCGGGUUAAAAGGCGGUUGCCUAAGACAUUAAAUCGCUAUAGGGUGUCUCCACAUACCGAUGAAUAAAUCUUCCUAUUCUCCCUUUGCUA